AUGCGCAAGGCUUUUUUCCCUCUGAUUGUUACUCUCCUCGGCAACGGAAGUGCGAUGCCUGCCAUAUCUGCCACCACGACCGGCAACCAAGCUACCAUCUCUACCCUGGAAUCGCCAGUUCUGCUCGCGUCCGAUACUCAAAAGCGUUUUCUGCGGAGCCACAACCAAGCGGAAGAAGACAGUGAAGAAGACGAAUUCGGAAACGGUGAAGAGAGAAAAGUAGGGGACCGACUUUUCGCGGAUUGGAAGCUCGAGCAAAUGUUGAACUCUCAUUAA